ACAUUUCAUAGCUUGUCGAUUAAUAAUAAAGAGAAAAUUAAUAAUAAAAAUCUCUGAAUGUGAUGUGAAUCCCCUCUGAAAAUAAUGGGGGAGACAAGUAACAAAGUCAAUUUUCCUCGUUUGAUAACAAAUUUAUUUUAAGACUUUAAUUCGACACAAGAGAAAAUUUUAAAUUGAACCUUAUUAAUUACGAAGAUAUAAAAGUUUUAGAUAGCGAUCGUGACGUAUUCCUCAAAAGGAAAGACUCAGAAUUGUGACCAAGAUAGAAGUACGUUUAACGUGAGACACACCCUGCGACCUGCGUGUCGAGGUAUUUACGUAUCCCGAGGCCCCACACGCGCCCUGUGUCCUUCGGUUUGUGCCACCCCUAUGAUUUAAUGCACUACAUGGAAAUGUCGAUAGCUAUCUCGGUAUCAGGAUAUAGAUUACAAUUAUCUCCAGUGUGCCAUCUCUACCGCGUACGGCACGAAAAGGAAAAAAAUUUCACGGACGGGAGCAAUAGUGAAGAGCGGAGAGGAUAUUCUCCGCGACCAAUAAUAUUCGAUAUAAAUAUGGGCGAGAAGACGUUCAACCUGACGUGGAACAAUCAUCUGGCGAACCUGUCGGGUUUGUUCGAGGCUCUUUAUAAAAGUGGCUCCUUGACAGAUGCGACUUUAGCUUGUCAGGGUGGCAUGUUGAGAGCUCAUAGAUUGGUGCUAGCAGCAUGCAGUCCUUAUUUCGAAAGGGUCUUUAAGGAACAUUAUGGAGAGCAACCCAUUCUCAUUUUAAAAGGUGUCGCUGUUGAGGAAAUGGAAUGCCUCUUGGACUUCAUGUACAGAGGAUCCAUCGACGUAGCGGAAGAGCACCUUCCGUCGCUAAUAAAAACAGCCACCGAUUUAGAGAUACGCGGUCUCUCCGGGGAGCAGAAAAACCAGGAGAGCAACCGCAACCUCUAUACCAGGGUUGAAACGCGAAUGCAGCGAUGCCAUAUCGAAACUAGAGUGCACACCACCGAAUACAUCAAAGAGCCGUCGGUGAUUCCUUUUCUGCCAAAGCACUCGAGCGUCGAUUCGAUGGAGGAUCAUAUUAAAGUAGAGGAUAUCGAGGUGGAGGAUGAUCCGAUGGUGAUCGACGGACACGAGGACAGCUUCGACGAACUUCCGCGAUCCACGGAAACGCAAAUUAAGCGUAUACCUCCUCCGAUGUAUAAGCGGGAAACCAGAUUCAAAGGGCAGAAGAGAGUGUCAGUGGGCCGCGUGACGCGCAACAAUGACCCACUGGAAUCCAGAUCGAAAGACUCCUCGCGAGAAUCAAGUUGCGAGGAUGCUUCGAGAAUCAUCAAAUGCGAGCCUAAUCUCAAUGACGGAUCCGGGGAUAUCGCAAUAUCGGGCAUACAGGAAACUUCAAAAGGUAAUUCGGACGAAUCGCCCAAGAUAGGGAUAAGGAAGAAGUUUGAGAUCAUGAAAAGAACUGGUGGGAAUGAAGGAAGAGAGACGAGGACGCUCAGCAAAUCUGAAAGGGCACAGCAUAAACCCUUCUCCUGUGACCUUUGUACCUUGGCUUUCACGAGAGCGUCACAUUUGGCGAGGCAUAGAAGGGUACAUACCGGCGAGAGACCCUUCGCCUGCAGUAUCUGCCCACGAAUGUUCGCUAGGCAAGACAAGUUAAAGCAACAUCUGGACUCGCACUUACAAUGGCCGAGCAAAAGGAAGAGCGGUCAAACAAUUUCCUCGUUGCCGACGAAGGGCAAACGCGGCAGACCACGUAAGGUUAAUUUGGAGCAAUCUGCGAUGGAAGAAAUUUUAAAAUUUGGCGAGUUUAGCUCUCUAUUGAACAAGUCCCAUUCCGCGAAUUCGACGAAUAAAAGUGAAAACUCCGGAAAUACUGGAGACGAUGGCAAGAGGAAAGAAGCGCGUCGAGACGGGGACGACUUGUCCCAGAGGGAAAAAGACAACCGCGGCUGCCAGGUCGAAAACGGCCAAGACAUCGUUUAAUAGAAUCUUCAUUUGGAAUCUGGAUUUAAAAAUGUCCGUAAAGCAUAUUUUUCUAUGCACAAACGCGAAAUACGAUGAUCAACGCAACGUAAAAAAGGAAAAAAAACCUAUCGAGCUUCGAAAAGUCGUGGUAUCUUUUUCCCCGAAUCUAUUUCAUGUUCAAUAGGGCUUGAUAAUGUCUUCUCGUCCCGAUCGGAUAUAUACGUAUAUAAUAUGCAAACGAGUACUCGCGUCGCUGUUAUUUCGAACUGUUUAACGUAAGUACCUGAGAUAUCUACUAACGUUAUUACCAAAGCACACGAGCCUCCAAAGAAUCCAUCUGCAUGAACGAGAGUCGAAGGAGUCGAUUGUCAUCGAGUAGGUGCAUCGUCAUCGAUCGAUAUCAUAAGAAUCGAACGGUAAGAUUAAUGUAAAGGGAUACCUGCGUUCUACACACACACACACACACACGCACACAUACACGCACACACACACGCACACAC